GGUUCAGAAAUGGGCAGUGAGAAGGAGCAGAAUCCAGAACAGCACCUGCCUGAGGAAGGGGAAUGGGGUAAGCCGUGGAGAGUGGAUGACUCAGAGGGUUUUCGGAUCCCAGACGGGGAGAAAGAGCACGGGCAAGAGAGCCCAUCGGAGGGUCCGCAAGAGAUCCAUCCCAAAAAGCCGUGGCAGAAAGUCACUGUCCCCGCGGGAGAGCCCAGAGGCCCCACGGCUCACCCGAGGCCCGAGACCGAUGAGAAGCCCUUCAUAUGUGCCCAGUGUGGGAAAACCUUCAAUAAUACCUCCAACCUGAGAACACACCAGCGCAUCCACACGGGCGAGAAGCCUUACAAGUGUUCCGAAUGUGGCAAGAGCUUCUCGAGGAGCUCCAACCGCAUCCGGCACGAGCGGAUCCACCUGGAAGAGAAGCACUACAAAUGUCCCAAGUGUCAGGAGAGCUUCCGGCGGCGCUCGGACCUCACCACGCACCAGCAAGACCACCUGGGCAAGCGGCCGUACCGCUGUGACAUCUGUGGCAAGAGCUUCAGCCAGAGCGCCACGCUGGCGGUGCACCAUCGGACCCACUUGGAGCCAGCGCCCUACAUCUGCUGUGAGUGCGGGAAGAGCUUCAGCAACAGCUCCAGCUUUGGCGUGCACCACCGCACGCACACAGGUGAGAGGCCCUAUGAGUGCGCUGAGUGUGGGCGGACCUUCAGCGACAUCUCCAACUUUGGAGCACACCAGAGGACCCACAGAGGGGAGAAGCCCUACUGGUGCACUCUGUGCGGGAAACACUUCUCCCGGAGCUCAAACCUCAUCCGCCACCAGAAAACGCACAUGGGAGAGCAGGCUGGGAAAAACUCCAGCUGAAGGACGAUGAGGGAGAGAGGCGGAGAGACCCCAGCCUUGUGUAGGAAGAUCUCUAGGAUCUGCUGCUGCCCCCUUGACCUCAAGCCCUUCAUCCCACUUUGGAGAAUGGUUUCCUGUUGCCUCUGAAGCCAGGAUCUCUGGAAAGUCCUGAGAAGGGACUCUUGAGUAAGAA